CUUUCAUUAAAAUACUUCAGCGAUCGGCGUCUGAGCCCGCCCCCCUUCAGGAGUAAAACCGAUUAUUUCGCUCGGCAACAUUGAGAGGGUGGAGAGGGAGAGACGCUGGUUGGGAUUGUAGGAGAGAGAACUGGAGCAGUCCUCAACAUCAUCAUCAGCAGCAAGUAUCUUCACGGCGUGCUCAUUCCUCCCAGUAGCUCCAGACAUCCAGCGCUGGAGAUUAACGAAACGCGAAGUCCUUGCAUUUCCAUUUGAAAACAGCAUUCCGACGACAAAGCCUGUAGUUUUGGUGACAUUUUAGAGAGGGACACCUCUUUGUCCGUGUUGUUUUAGUUGUGUUUCUGCUGGGCUGGAUUUAAGUGUGCAUCUUUGUGCGAGUCGGUCUAUCCCGCACUCAGUCGGCUUCUCCUGUCCGCUCAGACUGUCACUCGCCCGGACAAAAACCUCUCAGCUCCUGGCCUGUGGUUGCCCCCGCACUUACCGGACACAUUUCAUCCAGAAUGAAGUACGGAUGCUGGAAUCUUUGAAUUGAGUGGAGCAAGUUGAGAGAAGAGAGACUGGUUUGAUUGGGGAGGCACGGUGAAAGCGAGGGACAGAGCGUUAAAGUUCUUUGGCGAAAAGAGACAGACGACAGGGCGGGGAAGAUGGGGAGGAAAAAGAUCCAGAUCACGCGGAUUAUGGACGAACGCAACAGACAGGUGACGUUCACAAAGCGUAAGUUUGGCCUGAUGAAGAAAGCCUACGAGCUGAGCGUGCUGUGCGACUGCGAGAUCGCCCUGAUCAUCUUCAACAGCACCAACAAGCUGUUCCAGUACGCCAGCACCGACAUGGACAAGGUGCUGCUCAAGUACACCGAGUACAACGAGCCGCACGAGAGCAGGACCAACACAGACAUUAUGGAGACGUUGAGAAAGAAGGGCCUAAAUGGGUGUGACAGCCCCGACGCCGAUGUUGAGGACUCGUUGGGUCACAGCCCGGAGUCCGAGGACAAGUACAGGAAAAUAAACGAGGACAUUGACCUGAUGAUCAGCAGACAGAGACUGUGUGCUGUUCCGCCCUCAAACUACGAGAUGCCGGUGUCCAUCCCCGUGAGCAAUCAGAACAGCCUCCUCUACAGCCACCCUGGAGCUUCCCUGGGGAACCACAACCUGCUGCCACUGGCACACCACAGCCUACAGAGGAACAACAUGUCCCCCGGAGUCACACACAGACCUCCUAGUGCAGGUGGCCUGAUGGGCACUGACCUCACCACUGGCGCGGGCACCAGUGCUGGUAAGGAUGGCACGCCCUCCUACUACAGAAAUGGAUAUGGUAACCACCGUAACUCUCCGGGCCUGCUGGUGUCCUCCGGCGGGAUGAACAAAGGCAUGCAGGCCAAGUCUCCUCCACCCAUGAACCUGGGCAUGAACAACCGCAAACAAGACCUGCGCGUGCUCAUCCCCCCUGGAGCCAAGAACAACAUGCCCUCUAUCUCUGAGGAUGUUGAUCUGCUAUUGAACCAGAGAAUAAACAACUCACAAUCUGCACAGUCGCUGGCCACCCCCGUUGUUUCCGUAGCGACACCCACCUUACCCGGGCAAGGGAUGGGUGGCUACCCAUCGACCAUCUCCACUUCAUAUGGCACUGAAUAUUCUCUGAGCAGUGCAGACCUCUCCUCUAUAUCAGGCUUUAACAGCGCCAACAGUAUUCACCUGGGAUCGAUGAGUGGCUGGCAGCAGCAGCACCUGCAGAAUAUGCAGCAUUCAGCCCUCAGUCAGCUAGGAAAUUGCACUAGCAGUCACUUAUGUCAGAGUACCAAUCUCUCCCUGCCCAGUGCUCAGAACCUGCACAUCAAGUCCGAACCUGUUUCUCCUCCUAGAGAUCGCGCCGGCAGCAUCACCCCCGGGGGCUACGCUCCCCCUCUCCCCCUCCAGCACCCCAACCAGCAGCACCACCACCACCAGGGGCAGCAGCAGCACCAGCAGCAGCAGCAGCAGCAGCAGCACCAGGGCUCGUCUCAGGCCCCGCCGGGGCGCCAGGACUCGGGCCGCUCGCCGGUGGACAGCCUGAGCAGCUGCGGCAGCUCGCACGAUGGCAGCGACCGCGACGACCACCGCAACGACUUCCACUCGCCGCUGGGGAUGACGCGGGCGGGCGUCAACGGGGCCAACGGGGGAGGCGGAGGAGGAGGGCUCGACGAGCGCCACAGCCCCUCGCUCAAGCGCGUGAGGCUGUCCGAGGGCUGGGCCGCUUGAGCAGGGGAUGGGAGGAGGGGGUCGUACGGCACGGCACCGACCCCGGCCCGCCCUAUCCCGACACCAUGUCAUGCUCCCUGCCACCGCUGACAACAACAACAGCAACAUCAACAACAACAACGACGACAAACCCAACCCCCCACCCUGAUCGCCAAACGAGAUCGAGCGCCCACUCCCUCACACCCUGCCCGCGGGCUGAACUGGGCCGAGGUCACACUCAACACGCGUCGACACAGCCGCGCUUGCUCACACACACAGCCACACACACACACACACACACCAAAAUACGAGCGAGAGACAGUGCGUAUGAGACGUACGAGACGCAAACCCACAACAAACUAACACAGAGACACUCUUGCUGUGCUCUGUUGUCUCUCUCUCUCUCUCUCUCUUGUCUCUCUCUCUCUUAUGUCUCGCUCUCUCUUUCUCUGUCUCUCUCUCUCACACCAGAAGUCACAAUCAGCCCUGUCCCUCUCUCCUACUGUCCUUUCCUAGUCUUUCUGAAAGGACAGGUUAAGGGAGGACAUUGUGUUUUUUGACUCUUAACUGUAUUGUUUUGGUAUAACUAUUAUUGUUGUAACUAUGGUAAUGAUUUCUUUUCAUUCAAUGAGUAUUUCAUAGAUCCAGCAGAGAGAUGUUGCAGAAGGGGGUGCACUAGACUGGGUGUGAGAGGGCCUAGGCAGCAGCCGAGUAUUUUGCCAGGGAUGGGGGGAUCUAUGCAUCAUGUGUGCUGGCUAUGGGGAGAGAGUGGUAUCCCAAAAAACAAAAAGCAAACCAGAGAGGAAAAAAAGGUCAUAUAUGCAUAUCUACACGUGCAUAUGUGUACAUAUAUGCAUAGUAUCAAACAAAAAUGAAUCUAAGAAAGUCAGGUACUCUGUUUUUAUGUAAAAAAAGAAAAAGAAGAAAAAAAAAACAA